AUGCCGGGACUAUACAAAUGGGAAACGACCGCCGAAGAAGUCAUCGGAGAUUUAGAAUCUCACAUUACUGGAAAAGUGAUCCUCACCACAGGGGUCUCGCCUGGUGGAUUGGGAGCAGCAUUCGUGGAACAAAUAGCCGUGGCAGAGCCCAAGCUCCUAAUCCUCGCGGGUCGCAAUAAAUCGAAAGUCGAGGCUACAGCUGCCAAGGUCGCCGAGAUUACGAAUGGCAAAGUCGAGACCAGAAUCCUAGAGCUCGAUCUUGGAUCGCUGGACAAGGUUCGUGAGGCUGCGGCAGUGGUCAACACCUACUCAGAACCUAUCGAUGUCUUGGUCAACAACGCCGGGAUCAUGGCGACGGAGUAUGCAAAGACGACAGAUGGCUUCGAGGGCCAAUUUGGGACGAAUCAUCUGGCGCCCUGGUUAUUCACGAAUUUGAUCAUGGACAAGAUCUUGAAAUCGUCCUUACCACGGGUCGUAAAUGUGUCGAGUGAUGGCUACAGAUUAAGUCCGAUCAGGUUUUAUGAUUACGGAUUCAAGGAUGGCAAGACAUAUAACAAGUAUCGGGCUUACGGACAAGCUAAGACUGCAAACAUGCUGAUCGCUAUUUCACUGUCUGAGAAGCUAGGAGACAAAGGACUUGUCGCACUCAGCCUUCAUCCUGGUGUGAUCGUUACCAAUCUGGGGGCUCAUCUAGAUUGGAAUACCGACUGGUCUGCGUUGAACCAGCUUGACAAGGACCUUGGGAACUAUCAAGGUGACUGGACCGAGUUCCCUCGGAAGACACCCAGUCAGGGCGUUGCGACGCACAUUCGAGCUGCAUUUGAUCCGACUCUGAAAGAUUACAAUGGCAGGUUCCUUUCGGAUGUUGAACCGCUAGACCUGGAUGAAAUACAACCUCACGCCAUCAGUUCUCGUGAAGCGAAGAAGUUGUGGAAGCUGAGUGAGGAGCUCGUGGGCCAGAAGUUCGAGUAUUAG